CACGUGACACCCCAUCAUUCUUUGCUAUAUCGUUUCUAUUAAUAUUCCAUUUGGGAUCUCUGUUGCUAAAGCUGUCCCAAUUUGUGUAGAGUUCUUUGUGACAAAAGAUGUGACUCUGCUUAAAAAAACAGCAUUAAUGUGCCCUGUCAGAAGUGAUUAGAUAAUAAUGGUUUGUGAAAAUUCCAUUUGGGAUGGUGGAUUGUUUUCCAGGGUGACACUUAUAUCAUCAGAUGUUUCAAUUUUAUCAUCUCUACCUGUAAAUGUCCUGUGCUCCAAAAAUUGAAUUAAAAUCCCCAAAUCCAAACACAAUGAGCAGUUUUUAAAAUUACUGUUUUAACCACAAAAACUUUCCAGUCCAUGAAAAAAACAAAUACAACAUGGAUAGAUAGAUAUAGAAUUCCUCUCCUUUGUUUACCCUACUGCAAAUAUGUUUGCUUAAAAGCAAUAAGAAUUUUAUAGUCAAACUUUGCAAUCCAGAGUUUCACAUAAAAUAUACAACAGACGACCCAGAUGGCAAAUGCUGAUAUGUAAAUCUAAAACAUGAAAAUUUCCACUGGGGGCCAGAUGGUGGCUUAAUGUGAACUGUUUAACAUUUUAUGCUUAUCUUAUUAAAACUGCUUUUACUAGUCCAAAGCUGUGAAAGUUAGCAGUAUGGUUUGGAAAAGACUCUGGAACAGCAUAUCACUAAAUGAACAAAAAAGCAAACACUGAGCAGAAGGCAACGUUUACUGCAGAUCCAUGUCUGAUUGGAAAAGGUGGUUCUUCCUCCAUUUAUAGAUAGGUAAAGGAAAAGCCCCCAAAAUCAUUGUUAGCCUAAUUUUCAAAGGUACUGUGCGCACACAGCUCCAUUUGAAGCACGAAAUAGUUGGACUAUGAUACCGAGGAAUGUGACAUACACAUUGAAUAACAUAAUGCUUUGUAUUUUCCAUUAAAACAUUUUUUGAGGUGUGGAAAUUGACUUUAGAUUUUUUUUUUAAAGAACUAAUCCUGCACCCUUAAAAUCAGUUUUGCCCUUUACUUCAAUGAAACCAGGAUUGAACUAUUAGCCUAAACUAGGGGGAAAUAUCCCUGAUGGGAAAACUAGUUCAGAUAACAGAUUAUUUUCCUAAUACUGAGAUGGCCCAGCUUCUUCCUUCAGCAUUCUUCUUUUUAGCUUUUGCCGGAACAAUUAUUUCCUCUGACAUGAUGCAAGAGCUUACACAACUGAGGAGAGAGAACAAAUGGCCACUUGUGAAGACAUGAACUUGAUUGACAUUCUUUGGAGGCAAGAUAUAGACCUUGGGGCAAGACGUGAAGUUUUUGAUUUUAGUCAAAGACAGAAGGAGUAUGAACUCGAAAAGCAGAAGAAACUUGAAAAGGAGAGACAAGAACAGCUCCAAAAAGAGCAAGAAAAAGCUUUACUGGCUCAGCUGCAGCUGGAUGAAGAAACAGGUGAAUUUAUUCCCAUUCAGCCUGCCCAGCACAUUGAGUCAGACAACACAGGCAUGCCAACCAAUUUUUCAAAGACUACACAUAUUUCAAAACCAGAAGCAGAUGCCUUGUCCUUUGAUGACUGCAUGCAGCUUUUGGCAGAAACAUUCUCAUUUGUGGAUGAUAAUGAGGUUUUUUCGGCUGCAUUUCAAGUGCUAGUACCCGCUCAUAUAGAUAGCGACCCAAUCUUCAUUACUUCUAAUCAGACUCAGCCACCUGAAUCAUCAGUCCUUCAAUCUCCUGUCACUGAUGUAGAUAAUAUGGAAAACAUAGAGCAAGUUUGGGAAGAAUUACUGUCCAUUCCAGAACUACAGUGUCUUAACAUUGAAAAUGAUAACCUGGCUGAAGUAACCACUAUUGCAAACCCAGAAACCAAGCCAUCAGAGAUUCACAGUAACUUCUACAACUCGUUACCCAUUACUGUUAAUUGCAAUUCAGAUUUCCUCAACACUUUUGAGGAUUCCUUUUCUAACAUCCUACCACCGGAAGACCUCAGCCAGCUGAGAGUGGCCUCUUUAGAUACCACUUCAUGUUUAAGCUCCAACUUUUCGGAAGACUUCUUCUCCACCUUUGUUGAUCCAAAGGUGAAUGGUGACACAGCAGCACCAAACAUUGUCAACAAGUCAUUUGCUGAAGUUCCAUAUGAACCUAUUGAUAUUUCUGAUUUCUCACGGUGUAAAGCUUUUAAUGGUGACCUUCAGGGAAAUGCACUAGAAUGUAAUGAUUCUGACUCUGGUAUCUCAUUGAACGCACAUUCCAGUACUGCAUCACCUGAACAUUCUGUUGAAUCAUCUGUCUUUGGAGAUGCAGCUUUUGGAUACAGUGAUUCUGAAAUGGAAGAAAUGGAGAGUGCUCCUGGAAGUCUGCAACAGAGCAAUGCUCAAAUGUAUUCAUUGCAGUUCCAUGAUCCAGUCCCUCCUUCCCUAGGGCCAAGCACUCAAAAGUCUGAUCUGCAAUGUGUAAACACACCAAAGAGAGAACUACCUGCCAAUCCAGGCCACCCCAAAGCUCCAUUUACAAGAGAUAAACCUUCACACUACCUUGAAGCUCAUUUCACAAGAGAUGAGCAAAGAGCAAAAGCUCUGCAUAUCCCUUUCUCUGUAGAAAAAAUCAUCAACCUUCCUGUGGAUGACUUCAAUGAAAUGAUGUCUAAGGAGCAGUUCAACGAGGCCCAGCUUGCACUUAUCCGAGAUAUACGCAGGAGAGGCAAGAAUAAAGUGGCUGCUCAAAACUGUCGUAAAAGAAAACUGGAAAACAUCGUGGAACUGGAGCAAGACUUGGGUCAUUUAAAGGAUGAAAAAGAGAAAUUGCUCAAAGAAAAAGGAGAGAAUGACAAAAGCAUCCGUCUAAUGAAAAAGCAGCUUACCAACUUGUAUCUUGAGGUCUUCAGCAUGCUACAUGAUGAAAAUGGAAAGCCUUACUCUCCCAGUGAAUACUCACUGCAGCAAACAAAAGAUGGCAGCAUCUUCCUUGUUCCUAAAAGCAAGAAGCCAGAGACUAAAUUUUGACAGGCAAGGAAGCUAACUGGCUUUGACAGAGCUAGUAUUUUUAUUCUAAUAGCUUUUACUGUGAUGUGAAAUGCAGAAUUGUCAUUUUAAAGUGAUUCUAUGCAAAUAUAUAUCUAAAGUUAAUAACUAGUAUAUUAAAUACACAAGUUAAAAAACUAUUAGUGCAAUGCAUAUGUAUGCAAAAUGUGUAAUCUCAUUUUUCUAACAGUCAAUAUUUCCUUCUUUAUAGCUCCACUUUGGCUAGUUUCUGUAUGAGUGUAAAUAUUUAAAGACAUCUUAUUUAUAUACUAUUUUAUCUCAUCUGUUAUAUUCAUAGAUUUAUAUGAAAUAAAUAUAUAUAUAUAUAUGAUAUUAGCUGGCUAAAUACAGUUGAUCUUGCAACAAAUUGUAUU